ACUUCCGGGAGCAUUUCCGUGAGGAAAAUACGUGACUCCCUAACUUCCGGGGAAAUUUGAUAGUGGAAGGAUUACGCUUUGGAAAGUUUACAUAAUUCUAGGCUUAACUCGCCUGCGAGAUGGCUGGGAGCGACAGCGAGUGGCGACAAGUGCGGCGUCGCAGAAAGAAAGCAUGUGACAUUAGGACAUGUCAGCUGAGCCCUAAAGAUUUCGGGGGCACGGUGGACAUGAGCAGGAUACAGGAACGAGUGAGAGAGGCAAUGAUGGAACUGACCUGCCAAGACUUCUGGCAGGAUUGGAAAGAGAUGCUGACGGGCUGUCUGAGUCUCCAGAGUCAGGAUAUCACAGAGAGCGGCCCUGACCCCCACGGUCUGGACCUUGACUGCGUGUGCUAUGGGUUGGGCAGCUUCUUGUCUGGCGUCACUUCCCGGUACCAGCUAGCCAUGCUGCUGCUGCUUCUGGAAGCGCUAAAGAUUCCCCAUGGACGCUGCAGCAUGUUCGACCCUGUCUUUUCCCCAGCUGAAUGUAAAGUUCUACGGACGAUGGGCUUUACUGUCCUGUCUGAGAAUGAGGAGGGCAAGAGGCCAGUAAGUCGCCCCACACUCUUCUACCUUCUUCACUGUGGGACAGCUCUGUACAACAACCUUCUUUGGAGCAACUGGAGCCAGCAGAAGCUGCCACUGCUCACCAUCAUGGGCAACAGCUUCCAGGGUCUCCAGGACAGGAUGGUGCAGCAGGACCUCAAGAGGGAAUACAGCUUUAUUGCUAAUGUGUGUACAGUGUGCGAGGAGACGUCCCUUCCAUGCUCAGCGCGCUUCUCUGAUGUGUUCAACGACACUGUCCUGUUGCAGUUCCCCCGACAGCGACUGAGCACUCUUCCACUGCACGUGUGGACCCAUGCCCCUGAACCCAAGUAUCUCAACUGCAAGGAUCUGGAGAUUAUAUUGAGGGAGGUAUCAAGCUGAGGCACUGGAUAGGAACUGCGCUUGGUUCUGCUCCCACUGCUACCAACUGGCCUCCAGGAGACUGGGUACCAGGUGCCUCCAGUCUUGCUUAAGGAAUGACUUGUAGGUGGAGUCGGACACCAACAUGGUUUAAUGGUUUGUUGUUUUUUUUUUUUAGCCUUUUCACUGGAAGAUGCCAGUUGAGUUUGAAUUUGCAUGGACACAUCAUUUUUACACAAAUUGUGUUGUUUACUUAAUUUAAACGUUAUUCAGGAAUCUAUUAAAUUUCCAGUAAUUUUAUUGCAUAUUUUUCACAAUAAAAUGAAUACACUCAACUCCCAGUUUUUUAAACUGAACUUGCAAGCAUAACUUUACUCACUGGAAUUUAAGAUUCCCCUGUCUCUCAGGUCUUUAUAGAGCUAGACAACAUGAUCCUUGAGCUGCCUAUGGUGAUUUUUUUUCCUGGGCCCUUCUUCCAGACUCACUGUUGACUUCUAGGACCUCCUCAUUUCAUGGUUGUCAGUUGCUGGCAUUCUCUGUUCCAUACUGGUUCUACAUACAUUAUUAUAAUCUGUUGUUCAUGUAAGACUGCUUUUCUCCUUUUUUCUCCUUAUGUGCUGACUUUGCCUUCUCCACAAUGAAGCAUUAAACUAAAGUUUCAGGAGUCUUCUGUCA